GUUAGAGAGAAGUGGUAUUGAAUUCUAAAACAGCGAACUACUAAGGUGAAGAGAAAGUGAAAAAGUUACAACAGUUUGUAAUUGCAAAAUACAAAGCAAUGGAUGUAACCACAGAGGCAAAGCGGAUCAUGGUUCAGGCUCUGGGGAAAUUAUACAGCUCGCGCUCCCAGCGCGGCGGACUACGGCUCCAUCGAAGCCUCCUGCUUACGCUCGUGAUGAAGUCCGCCCGGGACAUCUACCACUCCGCUCACAUGGCUUGCGAGAACGACGGCAAGACCACAUCUACGGACCCACAGCAGUCACCGACUGAGGAAGCAAUGGACACGAACGGCACCAAGGCCGAGACUUCUGCGCCCGACUGCGCGCCGGUAGCCGCGCCUGCGGAGGGUAAACCGUGCCAGGGUGAAAGCAAGUCGGCCUCCGCUGGCUCUAAGAGGAGUCAAGGGAACAAGGAGAACCACCGUUCUCUGGGACCUGACCGCCACUCUCGGAAACGACGGGGCAAAGUGACUGCCGAGCCCGACUUCCUGCCAAGCAAGAGGGCGAAAAUGGAAGCGGGGGAAGAGAACCGGGUCAUUCGGAGCACGGCACUGAGGAGCAACUCUGCGAUCUGCAAUCGACCCGUGACUGCUCUGACUUCCCUCCCCCUAUCCCAGGCCAUCGCCGCGUUCUGAACAGGCGGCACUGGGACAUUACCAACUCAGGCUUUCAUAAAGCUCCAAGAGGAUUUCGGCGUAAUCGCAGACUGCCGGUGUGAAAAAACCGAGCCUGGGCUAAAAGCUGGAAGUGUGACUCCCUGACCACAGAGUCGCAAUCAGCGACGACCAGAGGUGUGGAGGAGGGGGAGCGCAGCAAAUCCGAACAGCCUGACCUGACUGACAAAGGAAUAAGUCAAAACUGGGCCCGGAGUCAUUACGCGGCGAUAUGGGGGCGCAGACGAAUGAAAGCGCGUGGCAGUUCCUGUUGUAAAAUGACUCAGGAUUGAGAAACUUCCGCAAAAGUCCGAAACCUCCCCCACCCCACUUGCAGCCAGCAGGGGCCCAGCGGGGGAGGUACUCCAUUGUUAUCUCCCAGAGGGACUUUAUCUCGGCUCUGCCAACUUCCCCAAAUGUGGCCUUACAUAAAUAAAAUUUUAACUGUGCAACUAGGCGAACGUGACAACUGUUAAUCUAGAGCACCUCAACCUGCUGUGUGUGAUACUUGGAACAUCCAUUGGUCCAGGCAGAUCUGGGGUGUGUACAUGCAUUUUGGUCCCCAUGGGACAUUUUAUACAUCAAUAUAUCGGGAUGGUUCACUGUGUUUUUCCUACCCGAUGCUGCUCUUGAUAUAGUUUGAUUGUGUAACCAAAUACCUCAAACCAAAACAAUAAAAAAAUCUUUGUUUUUUAAACUGA